AUGAGCAUCGAACAGGAUCCCUUUGAGCAAGUGGUCAAGGACACCAGAGAGCAGAUCGACAGACUUUCCCAUUACCUGAGCGGCAAUGGGUACCAGCGUGGCGACGAGGUGGCUGAGAUCAUACAAGAUGUGGCAGAGACGAUCGAGGAUCUCAACAAGAGUCUGGUAGUCAUGACGAGGAACGGCCAGGACACUAGAGCCCGGGAAGCUGACGUUCGCGGUCUCGAACGGGCGUUACAGCUUCUGAAGGACCAGAGACCUCUACCAGCAGAUGUCGAAGAGGCUCCUGCCGCAACAGCCAACGAGAACCCGUUCGAGAACGCUAUGCAAGAGCAGCUACUGAGAGAACAGGACACCCAUUUGGACUCUAUCCAUCACACAAUGGCCAACCUACAUCUACAGGCGCAGACGAUGGGCAACGAGCUCGAAGACCAAGGACAGUUGCUCGAUGAGAUGGACUCCAACAUGGACUCGUUGGGAGGCAAGUUGGCAAGAGGUCGCCGCCAGCUCGAAUGGAUAUACCAAAAGAAUAGCGAACGCUACAACGACUGUUGCAUCGUGCUGUUGAUUGCAGCACUGAUUGUGCUUCUAGUCCUGGCAUUUGUCGCCUAG